GCACCACCACCAAACAGCUAGAGCAGCAGCAACACUAGCAAGGAAGCUAGAGAGAUCGUCGAGAUGGCGAGGAAGGGCGGUGCGGCGGCGGCGGCGGUCGUGGUGCUGGCGGCGCUCCUGGUCCUGGCGGCGCCGAGGCCGGCCGAGGGCGCCGUGACGUGCGCGGAGGUGGACUUGAACCUGCGACCCUGCGUCGGGUACGUGACGGGGAAGGACGCGGCGCCGCCCGCCGAGUGCUGCGCCGGCGUGCGGCGGAUCCGGGCGCUGCCGUCGGGCACGGCGGAGCGGCGGCAGGCGUGCGAGUGCGUGAAGCAGGCGGCGGCGAGGUUCCCGGGGCUCAACGCCGAUGCCAUCCGCGUCCUCCCGGCGCAGUGCGGCUCGCCGCUGCCGUUCCCGCUCACCCUCAACUUCGACUGCACCACGUAUACAAGCUAA